AUGGCCUCCUCGUCAUGCCAACACCGCUAUGUCGCCCACCGAUCCUGUGGUCGGUGUCUACUGAUCUCCAUACCGCCGCUUUUCGUCAUAUUUGCCUUCUCCCUUCUCUUCCUCGGUAGCAGACUGUGGGGUGAAUGGCCGGCGUACGCGAACUUUCACCUAUUAUCGCUACCGCCCUUUAAUUCCUCUUCGUCAUACCUGUCUGAGACUACCUCCAAGACCCACUCUUCGCCCUACUCCUUUGACAUUGAGGCUUCUUCGCACCCAGACUGGAUGUCCGGUGCCCCGGACGACUGGUCACUCGCCCUGCUUUCCCUCCCGGGGACGCAUGACACGCUCACACAUCGUGUCCACAGCGAGUGGUAUCAGUGCCAGAACAGCGCCCUGGCUACCCAGCUGCGCGCCGGUGUCCGCUAUCUGGACGUGCGGGCGCGUGUGCAGAUCCCCCCGUCGCCAUCGAAAAGGGGAGAGGGCGAGCCGUGGCCGCUAGGCAUCUACCAUGGCGACGCGUACACGGGAUAUGGGUUUGCAGAGGUGGUGUCGACAGUGUUUGCGUUCCUCGACGCCAAUCCGUCCGAGAUCGUAGUGCUGCGGCUCAAGGAAGAGGCUAAGCCGAUCGUUGGCAGCGUGGGUGAUCCACCGGGAGUGCGGCCGACGACGUCGUCAACUUCCGGAAACAGCAGCACCAGCUCCCCGGAUUGGUGGCAGCAAUUCAACAACAGUGCGCAGACACAGCCAUCCCUGUUUGAGGCGUCCUUCAACCGGUAUCGGCUGAACGAUUCCCGCACGGCUUCGGGAUUCUCGGAUCAUCUGUAUCGUUUCCCGUCUGAUGACGGCACGGGCUCCUUGCCGCCUACUCGUAUCCCUACGGUGGGCGAGCUGCGCGGCAAGGUCCUGCUGCUGCAAGAGUUUCCGAACUUCAAGGCGGCGUCGCAUGUGCCGACAUACUUUGGCAUCCCGUGGCAGCUGUCAUCGGCACUGCUGCAGGUGGAGGACCUGUGGCAGAUUGCCGACAUGGCACAUCUAGAGAAGAAGUGGUCGGCAAUCCGAGAGAACCUGCAAGCGGCUGGGAAGGCAGCCGACGAUGACAGCAAGUCCAUGCCGCUGUUCCUGUCGCAUCUCAGUGCCAGCGUCGGGGUCACACCGAUCAAUGCCGCGGCCGGACAUGGGUCAGUGGUCGGCAUGAAUGACCGCACAGGUCAGUGGGUGGCUGCAAGUCACGACAAGGUUGAUGAGGCCUCCAAAGAUGAUAAACAGCAUCAGCCACCGGUGGGUAUCGUGAUUGCAGACUUUCCGGGUCACCGGCUGGUCGAAGCGGUGCUACAGCGCAACAAUUUCACGCGCGAGCUGUUUUGA